UGUAAUUCUGAAAUAAUCACAAAUAGUCAAAAUUAAAAUAUAACUAGUGUUUAUUUUUUAAUUUGUAUAUAAGCAUGGUAAAGAAAAAUGGCCAAAAACAGUUUUCGGAUUCAUUAGAUACAUUCUCUCGAGACUUUUAUCAGAAGCUGGUUCGUUUGUCACCCGAUAGAAAUCUAAUAUGUUCCCCGCUUUCGGUACAAAUCUGCGGUGGAAUGCUGCGCAUGGGCGUAAAGGAUGAUAGCGAAACUAGCCGUCAGUUGGACGCCGGACUCAAAUUCAGCUCGACCGAUGUCAAUGAGAUGGCUGAUGGCUUUCAUAAUGCACUCAAGUAUUAUCAGCGGUACAGUGUGUUGCGAAUGGCCAACAAAGUUUACAUUAUGGACAGUAUUCACGUACGUCACGGAUUUAGCGAUGUACUGACACAAAAGUUCCUUACAUCCCCCGAGCAUAUUGAUUUCAGAAAUGCCAAAAAAUCGGCUGAUACUAUCAAUGGCUGGGUUGAGUCUCAGACAAAUAACCUUUUGAAAGACCUAGUCAGUUCAGAUUCUUUCAGCUCAGAAACUCGUCUCGUGCUGAUCAAUGCGAUUUACUUCAAGGGUGAAUGGGUUAUUAAAUUCGACCGGAGCGAAACGGAGAAUGAAGAUUUUUACGUGGAUGCGAAAAACAAUAUUCAAGUAUCAAUGAUGAAUUCAUUCCACGAUUACUUCUAUGCGGAACUCUCAAAUUUAAAUGCGACAGCCUUGCGUAUGGCCUAUAAGGAUUCUAAAUUGUUCAUGCUGGUCAUACUGCCCAACAAAAAAGAUGGCUUAGCGGACCUUGAGAAGGCUCUAAAAUCAACAACCCUGAAGAGCAUAAUAUCUGAAUUGGAGCAAGUGAAAGUAUCUGUCAAACUGCCCAAAUUUAAAACUGAAUUCGCUAUGGAAUUAACACCUGUCUUCAAGUCCCUGGGCAUGGACAAAAUAUUUACUAGUGCAGAAUUUGACAAAAUGCUGGAGAUGAAGCAGCCGCUGACAGUGUCGCAAAUUAUCCACAAGGCAUUCAUCGAGGUUAACGAAGAGGGUACCGAAGCUGCAGCUGCGACUUCCGUUAACGUGGUUUUUCUUAGCAUGAACCAUGAUCCGAAACUAUUUCAUGCCAAUCAUCCAUUUUACUAUAUUAUUUAUGAUGAAAUCUAUGGAUGUCUUUUCACGGGAAAUCUUAAGCAUAAAGAUUUAAUUUCAACAAAUGCUUCAGAAUUCUGCGAACCCUGUAAGUCAGCUUGUCCAAGAUUAAGGGCAAAAAAAUAAUAUAUAGUGACAUGU